AUGCAGGAGGAACUGCCACACACACUUCACACGCCUCAUUCCAUAUCACUCCCUCCUCCUGCUCUCUCCGCCCCUCCCCUCCGCAUCCGGCAGGUCAUCGAGCUAACAGAGGACCUGCUGAGUGCAGCGGAGCAGCAGACACAGGAGGAGCUGCCACCAGAUGCAGCAGCAGCAGCAGCAGCAGCAGCAGGUGCUGCUGCUGCUGGCACCCCGUUCAUCCCUCUGGCGUUCGUGCCCGCCACUUCUGCUGCUGUACGAGCGAGCGUGCUUUCAGUGCAUCUCAACCUCCAGAUGCAUUUCAUUCAUCACCUUUUCGUGGAUUACACAGAACAAAUCAUAGUGCAGGCGGCUUGGGGUGUGACAGCCGGCACUGCUGCUGGCGGCAUUCGCAGCUCCGAGUGGCUUGACGGUGUGGUGGACAGUGUAACCACGGGGGGCUAUGUGGUGCGUGAUGCAGGCGGGCAGAUGCAUGAGGUGCGAGAAACAAGAGUACGGCGGGUGGAGGAGAGCGAAGAAGAUGCAAGGAAGCGAGCACAGGAGGCGUUGGCAGCCGUGGAGAGAGAGGCAGAUGAGACGAGGAGAGCACUCAAGCGGAAGAUGGAGGAAGCUUCCAGGACUGAGCUGGUGAAGAAGGAGGUUCCGCAGAAGCUGAGGAUCAAACCGGAGGACUCGGAGGACGUGAGAGCGGAGAAGAAGCGGAAGAUUCACGCGUUCAAGUCGAAGCAGCGCAUGGAGAUGCUGGAGGUGAUGACCAACAAGAAGCAGAACACGUGGCAGCAGUUCCAAACCAAGGGCAUCAAGAAAAAGGCGGGGUUUCUGACAGGCCGCAAGAAGGAGAGCAUUUUCAAAUCACCAGAGGAUGUGGGGGGCAAGGUGGGGGUGGUGGGGAGCGGGCAGGGCAUGACAGGCUUUCAGAAGAGAGACAAGAACCUCAACCUGCGCACACAGGGCCAGGCAGAGGACGAGUAG